ACAAGCCGGGACCGCACGCAAAAAUUUUGUCCGUUUCCAUUCAAAAUAAUUGUGAUUAUUGUGUAGUACACUCAAAAUGGGUGAACCUAAUUUAGGACUAUACUGUGUACAAAUAGACGAAGAUCUCAGGAGCAUAGAAGUUACGGUCGACCCCCUAAGUUUCAACCAAGCGGAUCCAUGGGCACCAGUCAUAAGCAGCCAACAAAAGUAUACGGUACAUUUUGCAGACAAUUCUUACAUUCCCCUUCACCUCAAGGAUAUGCCUAAUACUACGUCCCCUCUAACUUUUUAUGAGCUAAUGGUUCAUGAUGAAAUUUUCCAAGCAAUUGCUGAAUGCACAAACAUGAAGGCAGACAGAGUUAUAUCUAAUAAUAAAGAUUCGUCACGUUGUGCAAGAAUCAACCAAUGGGUACCAACUAACCACUCGGAGAUCAAAAAGUUCUUCGGCUUGAUAAUGUUCAUGGGACUCGUGAAACUUCCAAGAAUUACAGACUAUUGGUCUAAAAACGACAUAUUGUUUCAACCCUUCCCCCGGUUGGUCAUGUCGCGAAACCGAUUCGAGUUAUUAUUACAAAUGCUACACUUCUCAGCUGACGAUAUAACUAAUAGCUCUCAUUGCAUCGAGAACCUUGUGAACGCUCUGAACGUAAAUUUUAAGAAACAUUUCUCUCCAUCUGAUGAUUUGUUUAUAGUAAAAGGACCGCUCAUUGUUCAUGGGAAAUUGUCAUCUGAGCUACAAAACGAUCAAGAAACCAGUAAAUAUGGCACUAGAGUAUUAAAGUUAUGCUCCGAUCCGGGUUAUAUUUGUAAAGUUAGCCUGUUUUCCCGAACAACAAAUGAAACAAUGCAUGACACGUUGUCAGAUACAGUAAUAAGCUUAUGCGAAGAUAUUCUAAAUGAAGGCAUUACUUUAUACACUGACGAAUAUUUUACUAGCCUUGAUCUGGCUCGAAAACUACUAGACAAUGAAACGUAUUUAGUCGGUUUUUCGAAAAUCAAGAAACAGCUUCUUACGCUAAGAGUCGCUACUACCGAACUUGAAGGUGGUUCUUUUACAAUAGGAGAGACUAAAGACGGAAUUAAGAUCAUAAACUUGAAGGACAAUGAUGCAUGCAUUUUAUCGACUAAACCCUCAGAUAAUGAACUUGUCAAUGUCACAAAACAAACACGAGGCGGGAAAGAUUUUACAAAGCCACAGAUUUUAAUUAAUUACGAAAAAGUAAGAGACUCUGUGAAGGUAUGCAGCAAGGUUACUGCUAGUUCAUUGUCCCUCCGCAAGUCUGUAAAAUGGUACAAAAAUGUAGCUAUAGAUUUACUGUUGAAUACCGCUGUUAUGAAUGCUUUUACUUUGUACAAGUGUGUGACACAGAAUAGUAUUCAAAUGACGGACUUUAGGAAAUAUAUACUGCAGCACAUGUGUGACGUAAAAGAGUUCUCUUUCACUACAAUGAACAAAGGAACGGUACAUACGUUGUCCAGAAAAGAUGGUCCAGUAAGAUUAAAUCGAAGAACUUGCUACAACUGUUACAAAGAGAACGCGAAGGUGAUUGGUAGGCUUCUGGCUAAGAACCGAUCACCAAAGGUGGUCACUUACUGUGAAGCUUGUCCUAAACAACCGUAUCUCUGUUUGCAAUGUUUUAAUAAAACUCAUAAGUCACAAUAAA